AUGGCGAUGAGGAUAACCAAGUUUGUGGAAGUCAUGGGAAGGGGUCUAAAUACUGUUGGCAAGGUUAGUGGCAAUGGUAGUGGAGGUAUAGGUGAGCAGGUUGGUGGCAGUGGCAGUGGAGGUAUAGGUAUAGGUGAGCAGGUUGGUGGCAGUGGAGGUAUAGGUGAGGUUGUUGGUGGCAGUGGCAGUGGAGGUACAGGUGAGCAGGUUGGUGGCAGUGGAGGUAUAGGUGAGGUUGUUGGUGGUAGUGGCAGUGGAGGUGAGCAGCAGGGUGUGGGGUUGGUGGGUGAACGGGUUGGAAAUAAUGUUGAUCAUAUUAUAAAUAAGAAUGAGGAUGAGGAUGAGGAUGGUGGCAAUGGUAUUGGAGGUUUAGGUGAAAAUAACGUUGAUGGGGGGGGGGGGGAUAAGCUAAUCGAGGAUGAGGAUGGUCGAAGUCGCAAGCAAAGAAAGACUAAGUGGUCGAUUAAAAGAAUUGAAGGUUAUAAGGAGACAUGGCGGCCAUGGCAAUACAAGCAACACAAGGCGAAGCUAGGGAGGUUUGUAAGGGAUAAUUAUCGUAGUGCGCUGAAGACGACAGAAAUGAUUAAGUGUGACUAG